GUCGACCGCGCUACAGUUCGCGUCGACUCUCGUCGAAUCUCAAAGCGAACGAUUGAAGUUGUGAAAACAUUUUUCUAGUGCGACAUCGUAUUAGUUACAAUUUGUGUUACUUUAUGUUAAUGUAUUAUUUAAUUAACAUAUUUUUGAUAGCGAUUUAAGUUAUCUUCUACGAAACAACUCAAACUUCAAAUAAUGUUUUUCGUGCCGAAAGCUUUUCAGUAAGAUUAGCGAAGUUUAGGAUUUUCAGUUUGUUUUAGUUAUUAUGAUAACUAUUUUUGCGGGAUCCGUGUGCCGGUUAUGAUAAAGCAAAAACAUUGAACGGGACUUAACUUAGGAAUACCAAAGAAAAUGUGUGCCAAAAUGUUGUAUAGUUCGCUGUUGCCUAUUGUAAUGUUAUGGAUUGGAGUGCUCGCCGAAGAGGAAGUUUCAUCUCCUUUGCGGGUAGCGCAAUGUAGAGCGACCUGUUUGCAAAAGUUCGCGGCGCCUCGGCCCGGCGGGGAGUCAUCGUGUUUGCAAGGCCCCGACUGUUUUAUGUGCUGGGAAAAUUGUGAACUACUUCAAUCUAACUAUCAAGUAUGGGGUGCAGUUUGCGAUGAAAAGGACAUAUGUUUCCCGGGUUGUAAAGUAGCUUGCGAAUUCCACCUUGAAGCGGCCAGAGCAUCGCAGACGCAGCCCGUUAUUCACACCAAGGGUGAGGGCGUAAUGAGAGUGAGCGGCGCUCUCGCCCGCUGGCCCCCGCCGGCACCACGAGCCUCCACAAAGCCCGCCCCACUUGUCUAUGUGGUCAUGCGCCGAGCGGCAGAAGGACCUUGGCGGCAAAUCAUACAGACCCAAGCCCUAGCCACCAGAGUACCGUCGAACAACGAAGGCGCCCUCCUUCGAGUUCUAGUCGUAGACCCUCAAGGCCUAGUCACCAUCUACAGCCCCGACGAAACGUGGCUGGCUCGCGAUACUAACUCUUCCAACCACGACGAACAUAAAUGGAUUCUAAAAGAAAUAUCUCUCAUUCAUCAAAAAGUUCUUGUGAUCGGUGAAAUUGCCUGGGAACCGAGGAUCGCGCGUGGCGUUUAUCUCGUAACGUGGGAAGUCGACGGCGGAGGCCUGAAAGGAAACCUUUUUACUGAUUCCACACGUGUUACUUUAUCGCUCUGGCCAGAUACAAUCUAUCACAUUCAAGUGGAACUGGUCUCUCGGACGCCUGGCGUAGAUAACGAAAAGUCAGAGACAAUGACCAUUGAUACGAGUCGAGCUCAACGCGUUUCGACAGAGAGCGUACAAGAUGUUGAAGUUAGUGAAGGGGACCGUUUAAUGUCAGUAUUAGUAAGCUCAAUGAGAGGGGAGCGCGUACCGGAACGGGCCCCAGAUUCUGAGCUAGUUCUUGGCUGUCUGUCAGCUAUGAUAGCGUUUGGUUUGGCCGCGCUUGCUGCCAUUGUAUGGAGAAGGAGACGGCGGGGCACGUUCCCCGGAACCAACGUAUAUGUAGGAUCAUCAUCUGUUCUUAAGCGGAAGCUAGUCGAAGAUUUUACUCCUGCGUCGCAUUGUUUCCAGCCCGUGCUCACACCGGCCAUCGCUUCUAAUGAAAAUUCUGUUAAUGACGUCAUCGUGUGACGUCACAGCUUUGAUAUGCUGUCUGUCGAUGACCGCGCUUUGAGUUCCUAAAUAUUAGAACAAAAUCGUGAAAAAAUACAAACGUUUCUUCGUAUUAAAGUGGACGAACAGUGUCUUAUGUGAUACUGACGAGUGUGCAAAAUUACGCGGGCAGAUAAAUAAAUAUUGUAUUUUGUGAGAUGGUUUCUUUUGUGAUUUAAUUUUAAGUUAUUUUACUUUUAAUAGACACUUCUGCUCAUCGUUCGCUAUGAUUGCGUAACAUAUUAUCGGAUUGUUCGUAUGUAGUAUUAGGAAAAAUUGUAAAUUGUACUUAUAAAAUAUAUUUAUGAAACACAGUAAGGUAAACACCAGACAAUUUAG